CACUGUUCGCCUUAGCUUUCUGUUCCUAUUAUUUCUCCUCAAAGUCCAUAUAAAUCCCAUUCUUUGACUCUGUCGAUGAAAACGUGAAACUCCAUUCGUUUGCUUAAUUCUUGCGGAUAGACGUCAAGUUCCCGAAGGAGAAGUAAAAAAGCUUCCAGCUUGCAUUCCUCUAAACAUCCAGGAAACACAGAUGCAGACUAUGCAGGUGAUCUCGAUAGCUGCUGUACUGCUUCUCGCACACUGCGCUUAUGUGCACGGGCGAGAGGCACGACAGCCAUGGAAGGCGAAGGCCAUGCUGGUGUUCGGCGACUCUACCGUUGACCCGGGGAACAACAACCGUCUGUUGACGGAUUUCAAGGCCAACUUCUUGCCUUACGGCAAGGAUUUUCUUGAUGGACGGCCUACCGGGAGGUUUUGUGAUGGGAGGCUUGCCACUGACUUCAUUGCCGAGACAUUGGGCAUUGCCAAGAGCAUUCCAGCCUUCUUGGACCCAAACCUCACUCCUCAACAGCGCAAACUUGGUGUCAGUUUUGCGUCAGCUUCUUCAGGAUACGAUGAACUAACCGCGAUACAGGCAGGUGUGUUGACGAUCACAAAGCAAAUAGAAUACCUGAGGCAUUACAAGGUCCAGUUGAGGAAACUAGAGGGUCCUGUGCAAUCACAGAAGACCAUUGAGGAUGCCCUUGUAGUGAUCAGUGCAGGAACCAACGAUUUCGUUCAAAACUAUUACUUUUACGACAACAGAUCGAAGGAAUUCACUGAGCCUAAGUACGAGGACUAUCUGAUCUCUCUCAUGUCCGGAUACAUCAAGGAAAUUAAUAAACUAGGAGCGAAAAGAUUCGUGUUGGUCGGAGUUCCGCCAAUGGGAUGCCUCCCUGUUGUCAAGACUCUGACGGCUGCUGAAGGGUGUUUCGUGCAGUACAAUGAUGUGGCUAAGUCAUUCAACUCUAAGAUUGUGAAGCAAUUGGAUGUUUUGAAGAAGCAGUUGGGUCUAAAAGCUGCUUAUCUUGAUAUUUACAAGAUCUUUGAGGAUGUGACUAGUAACCCUACAAAAUAUGGGUUUGCAGAAAUAUCAAAAGGAUGCUGCGGCUCAGGCACAAUAGAGUUCGGACAGUCAUGCAAGGGCCAGAAGACCUGCGACGACCCGACGAAGUUCAUGUACUGGGACGCCAUUCAUCCGACGCAGCAAAUGUACAAGAUCCUCGCCGACGAGGGCAUCAAAGAAGUCGCUGAGGAUGUCCUCGUCUAGGUCAAGGGAGCUCUGAGUCAAUUUUGUUGAUUUAAUUGGCUGUUGUAGCUCUGAGUCAAAUUUGUUGAUUUAAUUGGCUGUUGUAUGUGUUGGUUUUUGUUUGUGGGUGAUCGAGUCUGUCAUGGAAAUGAGGUUUGCUCUUUAUGGAAUAUUGACUGAUAAGCCCUUGUUCUUCUUCUUCUUC